UUUCGAAAAGCCAACGCCAAUUUCUCCCUUCUGUAUAUAAAUUGCUUCCCGAAGCAACGAAAAUUUCAGUUUGCAGAAAAAUCAUGGACAAACAAUCCAAGCCCAGAAGCAAAAUCAUGAAGCUUCUCCCCAGAGCGGCCUCCGCCGUCACUUUUCAUAACCCGCCGUACAGUCCCGGCCGCGGAUUUUCCGGUCCGGUGAAGAUCUCGAUCAUACCCAACGAAGCGCGAACGAAAUCGAAAAACUCGGGAUUCGAAACGCCGGAGCCGACUUCGCCGAAAGUUUCGUGCAUCGGCCAAAUCAAGCACAAGAAAAGGAUGAAGGAAUUGGCCAAGCGCACGGCGAAGGUUGAAAUUUCAGAGCCGAAGAAGCAGCAUCCGUCGGCGGUUAAGAGAAUACUCACCGGCGGUAGAGUUCUCGGGAGGGCGAAAUCGAACGUUGCGGCGGGGAAUCUCCGUGGCUGUGAGAAGCCGCCGCCGGCGCCAGUUCUGGGUCUGAAUCAGAUGAAGCGAUUCUCGAGUGGACGCGGCGCUCUGGCGAAUUUUGACUGGACGGCGCAGAUUGCGCCGGAGGAGGAGGAGGGAGACGGCGGCCGGAGCCCUAUAUCGGCGGUGGUAUGGAUAGGUGAAGAAGUGGGCCCACUACAACCGAGGAAGGAGGUGAACCUGUGGAAAAGAAGAACCGUAGUCCCCCCCACGCCUCUUCAACUCAACACAUCAAAAUAACUUUUUUUUUUCUUCAUUUUACGCAGAAAGAAAUGUAAGAAUAUUUAAUUUAGUUUUUAUUUCAAAUUUAGGUUUGUAAAUUUAAAAUGGCAGUUUGUUAUUUUUUAUUUUAUAAAAACAUAGAAAUUCAGUUGGGUGAA